AUGUCUACAAAAGAUUUCAGUGCGAUCCCAGUCCUCACAACGGGCAACUACCUCGCAUGUUCAAAAGAUAGAUGGAUAUUUCAAUACCAAAUAAACUUCAAACAAUACGUCGCCGAUAAUGCUAACGAAUGGAAACGCCGCGCAAAACAGGCCUCCGCAGCCAUCACACUCACUGUCGAUGAGACCAACAUGAGCCAGAUCCGCAAACUCAAAAGGGAUCCGGUCGCAAUGUGGAAUAAACUCGAGUCUAUUCACAAUGCAAAGACAUCAGCAACCCGCUUCAAUGCGCUUGAGGCAUUCUUCACCAAGACGAAGACCGAAGGAGAGCCUUUGGCGUCGAUCACAGCCGCCACCAAUGCCCUCGAGGAGCAAUUUAGAUCACUAUGGACGACAAAUUACGAUGUAGACGCACUACUAAACGACCUCGCUAUGAUGUCGAGCCUCCGCAUGAUCCCGCCUGAAUCGAUUCACGUCCGAACUUCACUACUCUGCCAGAAAAAUCUCACCCGAGAUGUAAUAGAUGCAGCUCUCGCCAACGAGGACAAUCAGCAGCGCAGGAACUCGCAGCCAGCCAUCGCACUCCGGGCAGCCACUUCCCAGCCCAUUGCUUAUCGCAGUACACCUGCCACUCCUCACGACCAUAGCCCACGGCCGCCGAACGCACGCCAGGUGCCACAUGCGAUCAUUGUGGCAAACGGAACCAUACAGCUGCUCAGUGCUGGUCGAAGCUGA